AUGGCUACGGCGGCUAAGGCCCUUUUUUUCUUAGGCAUUGCUUUCCUUUCUUGCAGUUCAAUAGGUGCAUCCCGUGCCCUUGUGACUCAUCACCGUAGCCUCCUUGAAAACACGAGUCUUGCAAUAUUUGAUGUAACAAAAUUUGGUGCCGUGGCAGAUGAUAAGAAAGACAAUAUUGAAGAAUUUACAGCUGCAUGGCAAGCAGCAUGCAAAAACAGUACAACUCAAGCAAAGGUUUUGAUCCCAAAGGGAACAUUUCGUGCUGGCCCAACUAUGUUUGCUGGGCCAUGUACAAGCCCAAAGCCCAUAAUCGUUGAAGUUGAAGGACAUAUUAAAGCCACCACAGAUCCAUCUGAUUACGUGAGUCCAGAAUGGUUCACAUUUCUAGACAUUGAUGGCUUCAUGUUGACUGGCAAAGGAGUUUUCGAUGGCCAAGGAGCUGUUAGUUGGCCAUUGAACGACUGCAGGCAGACCAAGGGAAAUUGCGCUCCUCUUCCAUCUUCACUGAAAUUCGACGGGGUGAAUAACUCGGUUGUGACAAACAUCACUUCCUUGAAUAGCAAGCAGUUCCACUUUCAUCUUCAUGGGUGUAACAACAUAUCAUUUUCUAACCUCAACAUAACAGCUCCCGGAAAUAGUCCAAACACAGAUGGCAUGCAUAUUAGCACGAGCGAUAGGAUUAACGUGUCCAGCAGCAUCAUUGGAACUGGCGAUGACUGCAUUUCCAUUGGACACACAGCCACCAACAUUACUAUCACUAACAUUACCUGUGGCCCUGGUCAUGGCAUCAGUGUUGGAAGCCUUGGUAAGAGGCCAGAAGAACGAAGUGUGAAUGGCGUUACCGUUACAAAUUGCACAUUCAUUAAAACAACCAACGGUGCCAGAAUCAAAACUUGGUUGGGGACAGUUCCAGCGGAAGCCAAAAAUAUUGUCUAUCAAGACCUCAUCAUGGACAGCGUCCAGAAUCCCAUUAUUAUUGACCAGAGUUAUGGUUCCAAAACGUUAAGAGCGCCAUCAAUUUCAGUGUGGAAGAUUAGCAAUGUUCAUUUCCGCAAGAUAAGAGGAACUACAGUCUCAAAUGUUGCUGUAUCUUUGCAAUGUAGCACAGCAAACCCUUGCUUAGGAGUUGAGGUAGCCGAUAUUGAUUUGGCUUAUGCUGGUCGUCCGCAAAAUACAACUUUCGUAUCCUCUUGUGCCAAUGCAAAGGCUAUUUUCGGAGGGAAACUCAACCCACCAGCUUGUUAA